AUGGCUGAUCACUCAAUAAGAAGAGGUGUUGUUCAAGAAGAGGAAGACCUAUCAGUGUUGAGAUUCCCAAAAGAUUUGGCCAAUGCAAAGUUCUUGUUGAACUCAGAGGUGUCUAUGCUACUAGAGUUCAGAAAGGAGUCUGCUGAGAAUGAAGGAGGCGCAGAGUUCCCUCAAUCAUUCCACAAGACACUGGCAUAUGCAGAGCGAUUCAGUAGAUAUAAGAACAAGACAUCGAUCAAACAGGUUAGAUCAACAUUGUCGAAGCAGGGAUUGGAGGAGUUUGAGAUUGCAAGUCUUGCCAACCUCUGUCCAGAACACUCUGAUGAGGCCAAGAGUCUAAUCACCAGUUUGAAGCGUUUCGACGAUGACUCUCUACAAGCUAUACUCGAUGAGCUAUCCAAUCUGAGAAAGUUCAACUGA